AUGCGUGUGUUUUUAUUUAAAAUUAUUAAUAAACAAAGAUGGACAUUGUAUAUUGAGAAAUCAGAAUUUUUUUCAAAGAAAUUUGAAUUGACCCCAACCACAACUACAGCAUCCACCUCAAAAACCAAUUUAAUAUUAAAUAAAUUAAAAAACAUUGCAAUUGAAUCAAAGAACGAGAUUGAAAAUGCUCAAAGUGGUGUAGGAUUAAAGGGUAAAUUAAAAGCAAUGUUGGACUAUAUGGAAUCAAAGAUUCACCCAGAAGAGGCAAUAUUACAACAAUUUUCAAAAUUAAAUAAUAAGAAUGUAAUUAAACAAGGACACCACAACCAUAGUGAUCAACACCAUCACCAUGAACUACGUCAUCACGAAAAAAACAGAACCCAAAUUCAACUCGAUCACUUUAAUGACCACAGAGACAAACCAAGUUUUCAAAUUUACUACCCAUCCAACAUAGGUUACAGACGUGCUCAAAGAUUCUCACAAGUAUUAAUGAAACAAAAAAUUCAAUACCAUAAAAAAUGGCUUACCAUCAAUAGUCUUUUAAUACCAGUUACAUUUGCUGCUACCAUUUUGCCAGGUCCCAAUGUAUUUUUAGCUUAUAAUCUUUAUAGAUGCUAUGGUCACUAUCAAGCUUUAAGAGGAUGUAAUAAUCUUUUAACUUUUUCAAAAGACCAUGGAAGAGUUUUAUUUAAACCAAGUUUAGAAAUGUUUGAAUGUUUAAACCAAGAACAACAACAACAACAACAACAACAUGAGCAAGAAAUACAAAAAAUUACAAAUACCGAAAAUAUAAUACCAACAGCCACAACAACAACAACAACAACAAAUAACAAUAAUAAUAUCCAAAAUAACAACUAUGAAACCCUAUCCGAAAGACUAAGAAUACCUGGCUUGUUUGAAUAUGUUAAAAGAAUUGAAUCUUUAGAAACUAAAUAA